UUCUCUCUGUAUUGAACAGGAUGGACACCAAUUCCAGAAGGAUACCCUCACAGUGUCUCCUUUCUUCGACCAUAUCUUUCGAAUUCUGUUGGUUCUACUUCGAGGCUAUGCUCAUGCAGCUCAGCCUCCGCCAACGGCACAUGAGGGGCUUGGGAUCCUGCAGCCUCGUUUCCGGCGCGUCUUCACCUAUUCAUCCCAAGCGAUGACGUUCUCGCUCGCUCUUCUUUCGACCUUACCUCCGGCGACAUCCGCCUUCGCAGCAGAUUCACCUGACUGAACUAAUGCCCCGAAGUCUUGCGCGCUAGUAUCUCUCGUCAUGAGCUUCGGUAUUAGCAUAGGUGAUAUACUAAAGCUGUGUGAGCUCGCUUCACGCGUCUACAAGAAUUGUCGCGAUUGCACCGGCGAGUACAAGACUCUUACUACGGAAGCGCGAAACCUCACGAACCUUCUCGAGGAUAUCAGCGAUAAAUAUCACACCAUUCCGGACGUCAGGAAGCAACAGCUUGUGGACGCAUACGAGACAUGCGUAAAUGUAUUACAAGAGCUAGACAAGACACUGGUGCAUUACAAUAGCCUAGAUACAAAAAGCAAGCGGGCAUGGGACAGGCUGAAAUGGGAUCCAGAUCGAUCGCGGACGUUGCGAGAGCGCCUGACUUCAAGCGUCGUCAUGGUCAACGGCUUCUACAGUUCUUUGAUCCAUGACAGCCAAGUGCAAAUCCUCGAAGCGCUAGGGAGACUAGAGAGAGACUAUAGAGGAGGUCAUCGAGAAGAGAGCAUAUUGUCGUUGCAGAGGAUUGCGUCGGGCCCCAUAGAGGAAGAAGACGAUGAAGACGAAGAUGCAGCAUGGGAUCAAAUUAUUCGAGACCUUGAAGACGUUGGAGUCACACACCGGGAUGCGCUCGAGUACAGGGACUUCAUCAUAGAUUGGUUUGUGAGAGCCGUCAAUGAGGGAAGGUUGAUGGAAGAGCGCCCUGGAACACAAACCUUCGAUAUGAUGCCGCAAGAAUUGGGAAACGCACUUCCUGCUGCGGUUUCAAGAGAUGCGCAACAAAUUCCUCGAUGGGAGAUGCCUAGCUCUUUUCAAGCCAGCCCGGAUAAUGGCCUAGAGUCGCUCCUAAAUCAGCCUGCAGGCUCUGGAUUAACCAGAGCCGACCGGCAACAUCAACGUUCUUUUUCGACACCCGUUCCAGUCGAGAGCUCUUCGACGCCCUACGGUCGUCCCGAACGUGUCGUCAAUAGGGCAUCGCUGCCCCCUGGGGCCAGCCAAUUGUCGCAAGGUAUAGGUACUCCAGCGGCUUCAACCACCAGUGCCCAAGCCCGGAUACCACCUGUCUACAACUCUGAGGGCAAUGUGGGGGUUCGGCAUACAUUGCCAUUGGGCGCUAUUACCGUGCCCACGCAGCCGACAACCAUUCCAGUUCAUGUAGGCCAAGGCACACCGAUAGAAGACAGUCUAGUCUCGACAGCGCAACGUAUUACGGCAGCGUGGCUAGAGAGAGACUGGGCUAACGCAGCUUUCUAUCUCGAAGAACAACUCGCCGCAGUGGAGCGCGGAGAAACCACGACGGUCAACGGCAACACCAGCCAGCCCGACCGGCGCCUUCUACGACACCUGAUUGGGAUAUGCGCUUCCUAUUCCGGAGACUUCUUGAAGGCCAAGAACGUCUUCGAAAGCGUGUUCAAUGGGAUCUACCUGAACGGUGCCAACUUGGAUAGUGGGGAUAUUUCCGCAGCCCGCUGGCUAGGCGAUGUUUGCUUGCACCUCCAUGAGCCAUACAAUACGGCUCUCGCAUGGAGCGUGGCCCUCAAGGGUCUGAUUGCCCGAUAUGGAGCAACGCGAGAUAUUACUCUUACCGUCUGUGAUGAGCUCGACACACUCGAUCUUUGGCUGCAUUCCGUGCGAGAUCUCGAGGAAUCCUUUCGGUUGAAUAUCGACCCUUCAGAUGUUUUCAUGCAUACACAUCUGAUGGAGAAAUAUAGCCUCAUCGCAUCUCUUAAGGGUCGCCUAGAGCACAACACACACCGCACUAGCCCUGCGUUUAUCCGCUGGGGACGCCCUACGACUGCAUGGGCCGUUCCGGAGGAGAUGCUCACGCGGCGGCUUACGGACAUGAGCUCUUGGCCGUUGCAGUGGGACGCCACUUUUGCGGCGGCCGGUGCGAUCAAAUCAGAACAGCUCAUGUCAGGCGCGAAUUGCAAUGGCCCGGUACCGCCUCUGAGUACCAUAUCACUGCCAUCCGUGGGCUACAUGCGUACAAAACAAUUGCACUACCUAACGAAAAGAAGCCAGACGUGGCUUGUGGAAACCGUCAAAUCUGGCCUUCAGGACCGAGGCAUUGAACAUAGAGAGGAAGGAGCAAUGCUCAUUUGCCGCUUCAACCAGCGGCGGCAUGGUUUCGCAUUCACAGAAGGCAUCAACAUAAAGUUCAAGAGAAUCCAAUUCCGCAGCAUGGUCGGCCUAAAGAUCACUGAAGGGGAGUGGGUGACUAGGACUCUCCCAACGCCCCGUGGCCUCCAAGGGCGUACGGUUCCACGGGGCAUAGAAGAUUUUAUAAAGAUUGUCAGGGACAUUCUUGAUAAAGCAGAGACGGAAGAGCGUGGAAACAACAUCCUUGCGAAGAAUUUGACGCUCGACACGCCGGAUCUGUCCUUGGUCUCAUCGAUGCCGCGCAGAUGAUCGGGGAGACAACGGUUGUAUUUUUCUUAUGCAUGGCUGCCUCAAAUCCGGCGCAACUAGAGAAUCGACAUGCAUAUGACGUUUGCUCUCCCGAAGCAUGGACCAACACAAUAGAAGGACCGCUACGAUUCCAAGGGCAACACAUUGUGACAACCAAGGUUGUCCUGUCUAUUCUAAAUUACCCUCACUCCAGUCAUUCUCGGCUCACGUUCCUGC